AUGCCCUUCGGUUUGAGUCUGUUACUCUUUUACCAUGCCUCUUCUUCCCAUGUGCCGCUGUUCUGCCUCCCAUCCCAUGUGUCUCUGCUCUGCCUCCCAUCCCAUGUGUCUCUGCUCUGCCUCCCAUCCCAUGUGUCUCUGCUCUGCUUCCCAUCCCAUGUGUCUCUGCCUCGCCUCCCAUCCCAUGUGUCUCUGCUCUGCCUCCCAUCUCAUGUGUCUCUGCUCUGCCUCCCAUCCCAUGUGUCUCUGCUCUGCCUCCCAUCCCAUGUGUCUCUGCUCUGCCUCCCAUCCCAUGUGUCUCUGCUCUGCCUUUCAUCCCAUGUGUCUCUGCUCUGCCUUUCAUCCCAUGUGUCUCUGCUCUGCCUUUCAUCCCAUGUGUCUCUGCUCUGCCUUUCAUCCCAUGUGUCUCUGCUCUGCCUUUCAUCCCAUGUGUCUCUGCUCUGCCUUUCAUCCCAUGUGUCUCUUCUCUGCCUUUCAUCCCAUGUGUCUCUGCUCUGCCUUUCAUCCCAUGUGUCUCUGCUCUGCCUUUCAUCCCAUGUGUCUCUGCUCUGCCUUUCAUCCCAUGUGUCUCUGCUCUGCCUUUCAUCCCAUGUGUCUCUGCUCUGCCUUUCAUCCCAUGUGUCUCUGCUCUGCCUUUCAUCCCAUGUGUCUCUGCUCUGCCUUUCAUCCCAUGUGUCUCUGCCUCGACCAUCAGAUGAAAUGCAUCGGUGUGCUGUCAACCUCAUGUUCUGUCUUGAAGCCACCCCUCAAUGCUACUUCUACCGUGCCUCCACCUUCUCCUGCAACUGCACCAACCCUCAAACGCGCCAGUGGACCUGCACCCCACUCCAAUGUUCGCAGGCAGCAGUGUGCACGGCUGUGGUGACAGCAGCGUGCACGGCUGUGGGGACAGCAGGCGUGGGCUUGCUAUUAGUGUGGCAGAAUUUGAGGCGCCUCAAAAGUCGACUUCUGAGGCGCCUCAAAGGCUUGCCAAGAGUGCAGCGAAAUAGAAGCACCCACUCAUCCAUACCUGCACGCCUUACCCCUCUCACACCCCUCUCACACCCCUCUCACACCCCUCUCACACCCCUCUCACACCCCUCUCACACCCCUCUCACACCCCUCUCACACCCCUCUCACACCCCUCUCACACCCCCUCACACCCCUCUCACACCCCCUCACACCCCCUCACACCCCGCUAAACGCCCUUUGCACCAUGCCCCAUCCCUCGUGCCCACGAUCCAAAACUCAACAGCACCCCCCUCGGCACCAUCACCACCUCCAAAGGACGCGUGUGCACUACUGCAGGCCAACCCAUGCCUGCCCGGCGCCUGUGUGAGCAACUCCUCAGCUGCCCCUGGCUACACCUGCCGCUGCCCCACUGGCUAUGACCAGGCCAUGCUUGCGGGCAAACCGACGUGCCUGGAUCGAAACUCAACAGCACCCCCCUCGGAAGCACCCGCCUCGGAAGCACCCGCCUCGGAAGCACCCCCCUCGGAAGCACCCCCCUCGGAACCAGCACCCCCCUCGGAAGCACCCCCCUCGGAACCACCAACCACCUCGUCACCGUCACCACCUCCAAAGGACGCGUGUGCACUGCUGCAGGCCAACCCAUGCCUGCCCGGCGCCUGUGUGAGCAACUCCUCAGCUGCCCCCGGCUACACCUGCCGCUGCCCCACUGGCUUUGAGCAGACCACGAGUGCGGGCGCUCCGACGUGCCUGGGUACGCGUUGUAAGGGAAGGAGAGGGGGGCAGGGUGUAGAUGCAUGUGGGGUGGGUCUGCACGCUGCAUGCUGGGCAUGUGGGAUGGCGUGCAUGGUGGGAUGGCAUGCAUGGUGGGAUGACAUGCAUGGUGGGAUGGCGUGCAUGGUGGGAUGGCGUGCAUGGUGGGAUGGCAUGCAUGGUGGGAUGGCGUGCAUGGUGGGAUGGCGUGCAUGGUGGGAUGGCGUGCAUGGUGGGAUGGCGUGCAUGGUGGGAUGGCAUGCAUGGUGGGAUGGCUUACAUGGUGGGAUGGCUUACAUGGUGGGAUGUCAGCUACGCAUGGUGGGAUGGUAG